AAUUUCCGUUUCCAUACUUCCGGCGCGGCGGAGAUCGAAUCGAGCGCCCGCCACGGCGAUGGCGACUAGAGUCCUGCCGCCGGCUCUGCUCUCUUUCAUACUCCUCCUGCUGCUCUCGCUCUCAGCCCGCGACACCGUCGCCGCGGGCGAGGAUUUCCCACGCGACGGGCGGGUGAUCGACCUCGACGACAGCAAUUUCGAGGCGGCGCUGGGCGCCAUCGACUUUCUCUUCGUCGACUUCUACGCCCCUUGGUGCGGCCACUGCAAGAGACUUGCGCCCGAGUUAGAUGAAGCUGCACCGGUGUUGUCAGGGUUGAGUGAGCCUAUUGUUGUUGCCAAAGUCAACGCUGAUAAAUACAGAAAACUCGGAUCAAAAUAUGGAGUGGAUGGGUUCCCUACCCUCAUGCUCUUUAUCCAUGGUGUUCCAAUUGAAUACACUGGUUCGAGGAAAGCUGACCAGCUUGUCCGCAAUCUGAAGAAGUUCGUUUCGCCAGAUGUUUCUAUCCUUGAGUCAGAUUCUGCGAUAAAGAACUUUGUUGAGAAUGCUGGGAUAAGCUUUCCGAUAUUCCUUGGUUUUGGGGUGAAUGACUCAUUGAUUGCUGAGUAUGGAAGGAAAUACAAGAAAAGAGCCUGGUUUGCUGUUGCUAAAGAUUUCUCUGAGGACAUCAUGGUAGCCUAUGAAUUUGAUAAGGUUCCAGCACUAGUUGCUAUCCAUCCAAAGUAUAAGGAACAGAGUUUGUUCUAUGGCCCAUUUGAAGAAAAUUUCUUAGAAGAUUUUGUACGGCAAUCCCUUCUCCCUUUGGUUGUCCCAAUCAAUACAGAGACACUAAAAAUGCUGAAUGAUGAUCAGAGGAAAGUUGUUCUCACAAUUUUGGAGGAUGAUUCAGAUGAAAACUCUACGCAACUGGUAAAGAUUUUGCGAUCUGCUGCUAAUGCAAACCGUGAUUUGGUGUUUGGAUAUGUUGGAAUCAAGCAAUGGGAUGGGUUUGUGGAGACUUUUGAUGUUUCCAAGAGCUCACAGCUGCCAAAGCUACUUGUGUGGGAUAGAGAUGAGGAGUAUGAGCUAGUGGAUGGUUCAGAGAGAUUAGAAGAAGGUGACCAAGCAUCUCAAAUAAGCCAAUUCCUUGAGGGAUACAGAGCAGGAAGAACAACAAAGAAGAAAAUCACCGGCCCUUCUUUCAUGGGUUUCCUGAACUCUCUGGUCAGCCUGAACUCGCUGUACAUCCUUAUAUUUGUCAUCGCCCUUCUGUUUGUCAUGGUGUACUUUGCUGGGCAAGAUGAUACUCCUCAGCCAAGACGAAUUCACGAAGAGUGAUGAAAGCUUGUUGGGCUUCUUGCACCUAAAGAUGGCUAAUCUACCGGGAGAUUAGCUUUUGUAUUAAUUGUACAAAAGCUUCAACUGACGCAAGUCGUGAAGAGUGGUUUUGGCAAUUUGGCCAUUCAUGCUGAGUUUCUUCAAUCUCUAUUGGCGACAUCAAUUUCUGCAUCCUGCCUAUUUGUGUUUCUGCUUUGUGCCCUUCAAUUUGUUCUUUAAUUUAGAGCUUAGAAAUUAGCCUCUGCCUGUGUAUUCUGGAACCUGCCAUUCCAGAGUCCAUUUCUGUGAAAAUAUAUUUAUUAUUAUCAUACUCUGCUACCGAGCUUUUGUACAAUUAAUACAGGAUAUAUAGACUGUUCUGGUGC